AUGGCAGCAGAUGUAUCAUCCCAAAAUGGUAUUGGUGUAAUAUUGAAACAGAAAGUUGGCAAAAAUGAACAUGUAAUUGUAUAUUUAUCUCAAAAUCUAAAUAAAAUCGAACGAAAAUGGGGUUACGGAACAAGAAUGUUGGGCAAUUACCAUCAUCCAUUAUGCUGGCUCAACAAACACAACUCUGGAAAUGAAAAACUCUAUGGUUGGUCAUUAGUAUUACAAGAAUAUGAAUUUGACAUUAAACAUGAAAGUGGCUUGUGUCAUCUGGAUAUCUGGAUGCUGAUUUUAUCAAAAUUUGUUGUUGCUAAAGCUGUACCAAUAGCAACAGCAUCUGAAGCAGCUAAACUUCUUGUCGAAGAUGUUAUAUUUAAAUAUGACCAUAUUCCGGAACAAAUUCUUACUGAUCAAGGUUUACAUUUUAACAACGAAUUAAUGCAAGCGAUUACAAAUGACAUUGAAAUUAACCCCAUUUUCUCAACAGCAUACCAUCCGCAAACAAACGGAAUUGUUGAGAGAUUUAACACAACUAUCAAACCACAAUUAUGUAAAUUACAAGAUUUAAAUUUGAAUAAUUAG